GUGUUUCUGCACUGCAUUGAAGAAAUGGAAUCUACAAUGAAGUUUAUGUGCCUUGUAGCGUUUGUUGUGAUUCUGGGCAUCAAUCAAUUCGAUGGGGCUUACGGGGCUGGCGAGUGUGGAAAAUCUAGCCCCGACAGAGAGGCCUGGAAGCUGGCUCCCUGUGCAGCAGCAGCACAAGAUGAAAAUGCUGCAGUUUCUGAUAAGUGCUGCAGUCAGGUAAAAAGGAUAGGCCAGAACCCAAGCUGCCUCUGUGCUGUGAUGCUUUCUAAUACUGCUAAGAGUGCAGGAAUCAAACCAGAAAUAGCUCUUACCAUUCCGAAACGAUGUAACAUUGUGGAUCGUCCUGUGGGUUUCAAGUGUGGAGCAUAUACAUUACCCUGAAGAUCACGAAGUCACUUAUGGUGCCAGCUACAAGGACCGUCAAGGAGUGCUGGAGAUUGUAUCUCUGUAACUAGUUCAUCUAGCUUUUUACUAUGACAUCCUGAUCUAGACACCUGAAUAAUAAAUAAAAUGUUUCUGUUUAACUGUCUUUGCAAAAAA